UACCACCUCGCCUGUGCCGUCCGGUUCCUACGCCGCUGCUGCUGCCGCCUCUGCCGCUCAUCCAGCCUCUCCUCCCAAGAGAUCCUCAGCGAGCACACAAGAUGUUCUGCGCGCGUCGGUGGAUGCCAAUGAGACAGCUGCCCCUCGUCCAAUUCCGUCUCGAAGGUGUCUGACGAGGGUAACGCUGGUCCGGUGACCCCCAAGCCCGAGGAGCAUGCUCCGAUCCUUGAUUCACUGCUAGACAUGAACAUGGAGGGAGAGCUGUUCGACAGUGAUGGUGAAAAUAAGGCUGAGGUCGACCGUCAACUGAAGGAGGCAGAAGAUGUACAGUUCGUCAAUACAUCCCGCCGCGAGCUAGUGCCCGAGCGACUCGGAGGACAGACGCGCGGUCGGACGACUGUUACGGCCAAGCAAGUAGCCCACAAUGUUGCGGAGGAGCAUCAGCUGACGCAGCCGAUGCCCACUUUACGCGAGCGGUCCGUUUCCCCGGGCAGCCUGCCCGCUCGGCGGGAGCCUCUCUACGCAUGUUCGGCAAGUGUCAUCGCCGUUUACUCGUUGAAACUGCUAAUCGCAUUUGACGUCGUUGAGGUCGAGCCCGAACCUGUUACUCACCGUUUUCCUCGUCGCGCCAAGAUUGUUGCAAUGAAGCGCAGCAAGGCCGAGUCAAGUGAAGAGGAGUCGGAUCUUGAGGACGUCUACAUGCCUGACACUGCGGACGAUGAUGAGGAGGACGAGACGGUGCCCUCUAAGAAGGACGGGUCCGUCAACCCGCCCUUCUCUUUCCAAAACCCCGUUCAUCCUCCGGCGUACCUUCCGUUGUGGUGUGCCCCAAUGCAUGCGAUCCAGUGCCUCCUAUGCUUCCGCCAGCAGGUUCCCAACUCAUGCUUCUUCAUGGAGAAGCAUUCGCAGUGCCUGAAGUGCCAGCGGCUUCACAAAAGCUGUCGCUUUUGGUCGCUGUGGUCGGAGCCGGACCCCAAGGACGUCGACAAUUGGGUACCCCUUCCCCAGAUCUAUGAGAAGCGCGGUUGGAGAGUACCAUAUAAGCGCAGCCGGCCUGCCGUCGACUUCCUGCCGCACAUUGUUAUGCGUAACCUUGCACCGAAGUACUCGGGUGCGGCUUCGUCGAACAAGGUUGCUCGUUCGUUCUCGAAUGCUGAUGCUGCCUCUUCCUCGCGCGAGGCCCGCUCGGGCACGAAGGCUCGCAAGGACGCGAAAGCUCCUUCGUCCUCUCCUGCCGCUCGCCCAUUGAAAAGUACGAAGUCGGCUGCUUCAUUGAAGGAUAUCGAAGUUGAGUGGUCGCGUGGCGAAGUGCGUAGUGUCGCGGCUGAGUUAUGGGGAGCGACGAAGCAAAGCAGGAUAUAGAUUGCGCAGAAUUGAAUAAAUUCAUCGUCUCCAUCGUGCACUGUAGCCCAAAGUGGCCUUAAAAUGUUUGCUGUAUCAUCGUCAUCGCUGC